AUGACCCACGACGCUGUUUGGUUCUCUCGCCCGAGGAAAUAUGGCAAGGGCAGCCGUCAAUGCCGUCUGUGCGCGCACCAGGCUGGUCUCAUCCGCAAGUAUGGUCUUGACCUCUGCCGUCAAUGCUUCCGGGAGAAGUCCAGCCAGAUCGGUUUCGUGAAGAACCGGUGA